AUGCUUGGUUAAAUUAGAGAAGGAAAAUAUGAAUAUGUUUUUUUGCAAUCUGAUAACAAUAAUGAAAUAAUAGUAACAAGAAUAAUGGUUGCUGAUGAAAACUAACAAGAAAUCAAGAAAAUUUCUAUUGAAGAAAUUGAAUAAAACUCAAGGUAGAAUUUAGAAAAUAAAGAAAAUACGAUUUGUAAUUUGAAGAAAAUAGAAAAAAAAAACAAAUAAAUAUAAGAAAACUAAUUCAAAUUUAUGGAAAGUAUAUUUUAGCAGGAUGAAAAAUAUUGUAAUUCAUUAAAAGAAUAAUUUAAGAAAACAAUAUUAAGUAACAUACUAAAUUAGGGGGAUAAUGAGGUUGAUUUAUAGAUUAAAAAAAUAAAAGAAAUAGAUAAUAAUAUUCAAGAAAUUAGUGAAAUGUUAUGUAAAAGAAAAAAUGUACCAUUAUUCCUAAAUAUGUAUGAUAGAAUUAUAAAUAUUAUGGAUAAGAAAUAUAACGAUAUAAAAAAGUUGAAUAGCUUAAUUCUAUAAAAAUAGGAAUCAGUAACUAAAAUCAUUUAAAGGCUAAAGUAAAUUGAAAAGGCCCUUAAAUCUUAAUAAGAUAUAUAAAAAAUCGAACAAGACAAAAUUCAAUUAGAAUUAGUGAAUAAAAAUUUGGAAAAAUAUUUUAAAAAAUUAAAUUUCCAUUUUAACAAUACAGAUCUAUAGAAACAAAUCGAAGAAUUGGAAAAAACCAAAAAAAUAUAUGAAGAUCAAAAUCAAGAGUUAAAUUAAACUAUUACUAUACUUGAAUAAGAAUUAUAAAAUGAAAAAGCUUAAGCAUAAAACUUAAUUACUUAGCUUAAAUAAGAAUUACAAAAUGAAAAAGAUAAAACAUCAGAUGUAAGAAAAAAAUAAAAAGAAGAAGAAGAAAAUGAGAAAGCUAAGACAUUAUAAUAAAUUACCAAAAUUAAAUAAGAAUUACAAAAUGAGAAAGAUUAAUCAAAAAAAUAAUAAGAAUAAUUAGAAAAUGAAAAGGUUUAAGCUUUAAGUUAAUUUUAUAAGUUAUAAUAAGAAUUAAAAAAGGUAAAAGAAUAAUCAAAAUAAUAAUCAGAAAGAUUAGAAAAUGAAAAAAUUUAAGCAUCAAACUAAAUAAAAUAACUUUAAUAAGAAUUAUAAAAUGAGAAAGAUUAAUCAAAAAAAUAAUAAGAAUAAUUAGAAAAUGAAAAGGUUUAAGCUUUAAGUUAAUUUUAUAAGUUAUAAUAAGAAUUAACAAAGGUAAAAGAAUAAUCAAAAUAAUAAUCAGAAAAAUUAGAAAAUGAAAAAAUUUAAACAUUAAACUAAAUAAAAUAACUUUAAUAAGAAUUAUAAAAUGAGAAAGAUUAAUCAAAAAAAUAAUAAGAAUAAUUAGAAAAUGAAAAGGUUUAAGCUUUAAGUUAAUUUUAUAAGUUAUAAUAAGAAUUAACAAAGGUAAAAGAAUAAUCAAAAUAAUAAUCAGAAAAAUUAGAAAAUGAAAAAAUUUAAACAUUAAACUAAAUAAAAUAACUUUAAUAAGAAUUAUAAAAUGAGAAAGAUUAAUCAAAAAAAUAAUAAGAAUAAUUAGAAAAUGAAAAGGUUUAAGCUUUAAGUUAAUUUUAUAAGUUAUAAUAAGAAUUAACAAAGGUAAAAGAAUAAUCAAAAUAAUAAUCAGAAAAAUUAGAAAAUGAAAAAAUUUAAACAUUAAACUAAAUAAAAUAACUUUAAUAAGAAUUAUAAAAUGAGAAAGAUUAAUCAAAAAAAUAAUAAGAAUAAUUAGAAAAUGAAAAGGUUUAAGCUUUAAGUUAAUUUUAUAAGUUAUAAUAAGAAUUAACAAAGGUAAAAGAAUAAUCAAAAUAAUAAUCAGAAAAAUUAGAAAAUGAAAAAAUUUAAACAUUAAACUAAAUAAAAUAACUUUAAUAAGAAUUAUAAAAUGAGAAAGAUUAAUCAAAAAAAUAAUAAGAAUAAUUAGAAAAUGAAAAGGUUUAAGCUUUAAGUUAAUUUUAUAAGUUAUAAUAAGAAUUAAAAAAGGUAAAAGAAUAAUCAAAAUAAUAAUCAGAAAAAUUAGAAAAUGAAAAAAUUUAAACAUUAAACUAAAUAAAAUAACUUUAAUAAGAAUUAUAAAAUGAGAAAGAUUAAUCAAAAAAAUAAUAAGAAUAAUUAGAAAAUGAAAAGGUUUAAGCUUUAAGUUAAUUUUAUAAGUUAUAAUAAGAAUUAAAAAAGGUAAAAGAAUAAUCAAAAUAAUAAUCAGAAAAAUUAGAAAAUGAAAAAAUUUAAACAUUAAACUAAAUAAAAUAACUUUAAUAAGAAUUAUAAAAUGAGAAAGAUUAAUCAAAAAAAUAAUAAGAAUAAUUAGAAAAUGAAAAGGUUUAAGCUUUAAGUUAAUUUUAUAAGUUAUAAUAAGAAUUAAAAAAGGUAAAAGAAUAAUCAAAAUAAUAAUCAGAAAAAUUAGAAAAUGAAAAAAUUUAAACAUUAAACUAAAUAAAAUAACUUUAAUAAGAAUUAUAAAAUGAGAAAGAUUAAUCAAAAAAAUAAUAAGAAUAAUUAGAAAAUGAAAAGGUUUAAGCUUUAAGUUAAUUUUAUAAGUUAUAAUAAGAAUUAAAAAAGGUAAAAGAAUAAUCAAAAUAAUAAUCAGAAAAAUUAGAAAAUGAAAAAAUUUAAACAUUAAACUAAAUAAAAUAACUUUAAUAAGAAUUAUAAAAUGAGAAAGAUUAAUCAAAAAAAUAAUAAGAAUAAUUAGAAAAUGAAAAGGUUUAAGCUUUAAGUUAAUUUUAUAAGUUAUAAUAAGAAUUAAAAAAGGUAAAAGAAUAAUCAAAAUAAUAAUCAGAAAAAUUAGAAAAUGAAAAAAUUUAAACAUUAAACUAAAUAAAAUAACUUUAAUAAGAAUUAUAAAAUGAGAAAAAUUUAUCAAAAAAAUAAUAAGAAGAAUUAGAAAAAGCUUUAAGCUAAAUAAAAUAACUUCAAUAAGAAUUGUAAAAGGUAAAAGAUUAAACAAAAAAAUAAUAAGAAGAAUUAGAAAAUUAUAAAGCUUAACCGUUUAACUAAAUAUUAUAACUUUAACUUCAAUAAGAAUUAUAAAUAGUAAAAGAUUUAGCAAAAAAAUAUAAAUAAGAACUAGAAAAUGAGAAAGCUUAAGCUUUAAGCUAAUUUAAAUAGUUUUAAUAAGAAUUAAAAAAGGUAAAAGAAUAAUCAAAAUAAUAAUCAGAAAAAUUAGAAAAUGAAAAAAUUUAAGCAUUAAACUAAAUAAAAUAACUUUAAUAAGAAUUAUAAAAUGAGAAAAAUAAAUUAUUGGUCUAAGAAUAAAAACUUCAAUAAAAAUUGCAUAGAAAAGAUUAUGCGUAAAAUUUUUUAAAAGAAUAGAAUUAAUAAUUUAACAAUCAUUAACUUCAUAAAAUUAAUGAAUAAAUGUUAAAAUAAUUAAAUUAAGUAAAUUUUCAGUUGAAGUAAAAUGACAAUUUAUUAUCAAUAAAUGAAGAACAAUAAGUUUCAUGGGUAAAUUAUAAGUAUUUUAUAGAUUGAUUCUUAAUUACCUGAAAUUUAACGUUAUUAAAAUCUAUAUAGUAAUGGUUUUACAAUCAUUUAAUUAUUUAUUAAUUCAAUGUAUAAAAAUUAUAUAUUAUUAUAUAGAUUUAAUGACUCAUAAUCAUAUUUUGGAUUAUGUGAUUAAAAUAUUGACAACUCUGAAAUACAAAAUAUUAAUUUUUAAUUAAAUUAUUUACCAAAAGGUGUAUAUUUUUUCAUUUCUAUGUAAGGAAAUUUACUCAUACAAGAUCCUAAUAUAAAAAAAAAAUUAAAAAUUGGAGGAUUUGAAAAUGGAAAUCAUGCUUUAUUUACUUUCGAUUCACCUAAUAAUUGUUUAACUAUAUUAAAAAAUAACACCGAUAGUGAGUAGUUCAAAUUUAGGCUUCCUAAGAAUAAUAAAACUGUUAUUCCAUUUAUUCUAUAAGCCUAUGGAGAAGACUUAACACUAAUUAUUCAAUGA